AUGUCUUCUUGGGUCCAUGCAAGCGUAGAUAGUGUGCGUGGUAAACAUCAGAAGGGAGAUGCACUAUGGGUACGUGUGAAAAACUUGUAUCACGUAGCUCAAGCAGAAAAUCCAGCUGAAAUUAACAAAAGAAAUGUGGAUUCUAUGAAGAGUCGAUGGAAACGACUUAACGAAAAUGCAAACAAAUGGGUGGCUGCUUGUAGAGAAGCAAACGCGCGAAGGAGGAGUGGAAUGAGCGACCAAGAUGUUGAGAAUGAAGCUCAUAGCAUCUACCAAGGAGGAGGCGGCAACAAAUUUCAAGAUUUGAUAGUGUUUAAUGAAGUUAUGAGCAAACAUCAAAAGUGGAGUAUUCAUGAUACAACACAGGUAUUUCCUCCUGACAAUGAAAAUGUUGGUUAUGAACAGGAUGGUAGCAAUUCAAAGAGGACAAAGACUUCUGAAUCUGGCGAGUAUACUAUCCCUUCAAAUCCGGAAACUCCUACAUCUGGCCAUUCAACUAGUUCUCGGCCUAUGGGCAGAGACAAGGCAAAAAGAAAAGGAAAAAGUAAGGUAACACAAUCUGAUUCUACUAAUGCUCAAGUUGCUGCAGAACUUCAUGCACUAAGGCUAGCUAAAGAUAAUGAGAACGAACUAGUGAAGGCUCGACUGCAGAUAGAGCGUGAAAAGCUGGAAAAGCCCUCUAUGAAGAUGUACCAAAAAAUGUUGAUCAAGUUGUUGGACAAAGAGCACUUGUCCCCAGAAGAUCAAGCGAUGAAACAUCAACUAAUGGAUAUUGUGUUUAAAAAAUGA